GGAGGGAGAUGGGGGGCGGGCGCAGAGGACGGCGGAGCCGGCCGGACUCGGACAGCUCCGUGGCUCCCUUGCUCUGCUCCUCGGCGCAACCCCGCUUCCCUCCUCCUCCUCCUUCUCCUCCUCCUCGUCUCGCGGAGCGCAGCAUCCUCUGCGGACCCUGGGUCCUCACACCCCGGCUCGUCCCUCUCCCCCGCCACCCCAACAACUUUCUCCUCCGGUGCCUGGGGUUAGGGGGGCGGCUGUGCCCGGGAAGGUUUCUCCGGGGGUCCCUGGAAGGAAGCCACUGGAGAAAAGCUUGAGAGUCCCAAAGAGACUCCCGCUACCGACAGCCCGCCCCGGGGCGGGCCUGCCGUCGGGUCUCCGCGCGCCCUCUCCCCCUUUCCAUCCCAACCAUGACCGAAAUGAGCGAGAAGGAGAACGAGCCCGAUGACGCGGCCACCCAUACCCCUCCGGAGACCGUCUCCGCCCUCCAAGAGACCAAGCUCCAGCGAUUUAAGCGCUCCCUCUCCCUCAAAACCAUCCUUCGAAGUAAGAGUGUGGAGAACUUCUUCCUUCGCUCAGGCUCUGAGCUGAAGUGCCCAACAGAGGUGCUGCUGCCUCCGCCCACCCCGCUGCCGCCUCCUUCUCCACCACCUGCCUCCACAGACAGGGGUCUGCCCACCCCGACCCCCUCCCCCUGCCCGGUCCCUCGCCCCUUGGCGCCACUCAAACCAGUGAGGCUGCACAGCUUCCAGGAACACGUCUUCAAGAGAGCCAGCCCCUGUGAGCUGUGCCACCAGCUCAUCGUAGGAAACUCCAAGCAGGGCUUGCGAUGUAAGACAUGCAAGGUCAGUGUCCACCUCUGGUGCUCCGAGGAGAUCUCCCACCAGCAAUGCCCGGGCAAGACGUCCACCUCUUUUCGACGCAACUUCAGCUCCCCACUCCUGGUGCAUGAGCCGCCACCAGCCUGCGUCACGAGCAAAGAGUCCCCACCUACUGCAGGAACCAGCGGGAAGGUGGACCCAGUUUAUGAGACCCUGCGCUAUGGCACCUCCUUGGCACUGAUGAACCGAUCCAGCUUCAGCAGCACCUCUGAGUCCCCCACCCGGAGCCUGAGUGAGCGUGAUGAGCUAACAGAAGAUGGCGAAGGCAGCAUCCGAAGCUCAGAAGAGGGGCCCGGUGACAGUGUAUUCACAGCUCCAGCUGAGAGUGAAGGAUCAGGACCGGAGGAGAAGAGCCCCGGACAGCAGCCCCCGAAGCUCCCCCUGCGGAAGGAUGUGGGGUCCAUGUACUCCUAUGUUGCUCUCUACAAGUUCCUGCCCCAGGAGAACAACGACCUGGCUCUUCAGCCCGGAGAUCGAAUCAUGCUAGUGGAUGACUCGAAUGAAGAUUGGUGGAAGGGCAAGAUUGGUGACCGGGUUGGCUUCUUCCCAGCCAAUUUUGUGCAGCGAGUGAGGCCAGGGGAGAAUGUUUGGCGCUGCUGUCAGCCCUUCUCUGGAAACAAGGAACAGGGCUACAUGAGCCUCAAGGAGAACCAGAUCUGUGUAGGCGUGGGCAGAAGCAAAGACGCUGAUGGCUUCAUCCGAGUCAGCAGCGGCAAGAAGCGGGGCUUGGUGCCAGCCGACUCCCUGGCAGAAAUCUGACAGAAACCAAGAGAGGCCAGAUGCUGCCCCUGCCCGUGCCUGGCCCUUGCUUCUGGCCUGAGAAGGAAGCCGGCACCCUGGCCACACCCUUCCUUUCCCUGGCUCUCUCCUAAGCAUCACCCCCCACCCCCCACUUAGGAGCCUUCUGCACUGAGGAAGGUUUUAUUUCUUGGGUGGGGUCCCCUGAAUGGGGUGAUCUUCUGCAGCUUGGGGAAGGGAGUCAAAACUGGGAAGAAAGGAGGAAGCGACAAGUAGGCCCACCCCAUGCCCAAGUACCACCUAGCUGGGCUGCCACAGUGAGUCCACCCUCGGGGGUCGCCUGCUGUCUUCCAGAGACCUGACCUGCUCAACUGCCUUUGCAUGCCUGACCCCUUGCUGCCCACAGCCUUUGCUCGGGUCUGUGUAUCUACCCCUUUGCAAGUGGGGCCUUGUGAGAGGGCCUUUCGGGGUGUUCCUCGGCUCUCUGGUCUGAGUUGGGGCUGAGGACCUAGGGAGAACCCCGAGUUCAUCACCUGUCACCCCUUCAAUUCUCAGGAAAGUUCAGGAAUCUUUCCAAUUACUUGAAACCCCCGGCGGGCGACAGAGCAGGGCUGAGGGCUGAGGGCUGGAAGGAAGGAGUAUGAGGUGGGAGACUGUUCCAUCAAGGACAGUGUCCACAGGGCAGCUUCUUCCUACCUUUGUCUGCUAGAAAUUGUUGUCCAAGACCAGCCCUGACAAAGACCCAGCUGAGAACAAGGCACUGGGCCCCUGCUUGAUCAAAACUUUUCACUGUCAAGACUCCAGAAAUCCCUCUCACCAGAAGCAGCCAACUAGGGGAGUCUGUGGUUGUGAGUUCUGGUCUCUCUAAUGGCCCUGUCCUCAGGUGGACCAAACUUAUUUUCUCACUGGGCUCUACAGAGCCAUCCCUGGGAGGAUUACCUUGGGAGACAGAGGAAGGAUUUGGCCAUGAUCAAGCGAUGGUCUAGGAACCCCUAGACCUCCUGGGCAGGAUAAAGAACCUCUCCCUCAAAGGCUGUUUGUUUGUUUGUUUGUUUGUUUAUCUUUAUUUUUUAUUUUUUUUCUGGUGCCAGCCCCACUCCCCCUCCUUCCAAGCUCAGAGCCUCCUUUAGUACCCUGUGCCCUGAUCAUGUCAGCCAAUGCCACCCCCAGUUCUGGGCACAGUCAUGCCUUCCAUACAGUGAGAGGACACAGAUUUUCCUACCCAACACUUUGCCCUACUUUUCCCCCUGAAAGGGGACUAAAGCCACACUGCCCUGUUUGCUGCCAUGAGGGACCCCCGCCCCAGCAAAAUCCCCGGGGCGGGCCCAAUGCCCAGUGUACACGAGGCUGCAUGACGCGGCCUGGGGGCGUCGCUGAGCCCCCAGGCCCAUAAUUAAACGUUUCUUGUCUCAGCGUAUUUUCUCUAUGUUAUCUGAUGGCGAUAGAGAAAGUGAGCUGC